GCGGGGCGGGGCGACCCGCUUAGGAUCCGUAAUCGGAAGGAAACCCCCAUUUGACAGUGGGAACAAGCUGAGUUGGAUCAUGGGAAGCCAAGCUAAGAGGAAUUAUCAAGCAUGGGGUUAACCAAUUUUGUGCUGACGGUGGCCGGUGUGAGCGCCGUUGUUCUUCUUCUGAGAAGUGAUGUGAAGCAAUCUGCGUCGAUCUUCAGGCGCAACGUCAAACACAUUCGCCACUGGCUCGAAGAAGAAACCGCCACUUCUUCCAAAGCAAUGGAGAAGUCUACUAAAGAACUGGAAUCAAAGGUUCCUCCAAAAGAGAUUCCUAAGGACAACAAACAUUAAUGUUUAUGCAGGUGAUGGGAAUGUUUAGUGCGGCAAUUUCGUUGUUUCUCUGUAUUUCUCUCUCUGUCUUUGAAUGGAAUCAUGUUUUUGUUUUUUACUAAAAUGAAUCCUCCAUCCAUGUCUGUUCAUAUAACUCACAAAUAUUGGUAUACAUAUUUAGCAAUAACAUGACAGCUAUGGUUAUUCCACAAUCGCAGUUUUUAGCGCAUUUCCAUGAUUUGACUGCUAAG